UGCAUUCAAGUAACUGUUUUCCGCUGCUCUGACAGAAGCAUCGCACUCAGCUGUUCAUUACAUUUAUAUAUUUUGCUAAUUUCAUCGAACUUUUCGGAUCCGCAAUUUUGUCAGCGAAAAAUUCUGUGUCGUUUGCAAUUAAAUUAUUUCGAAACAGCUUGCCCCCCGGAUCCCAUACGAUCCUUCACUGAGUUCUACGUAGUAUUUCCGACUAAGAACAAUGCAAAGUUGCGAAGUGGACGAUGACCUUCAAUCGCCAAGUGCCGUUCCGAAACGUUGCAUCAGCUACGUGGCGAUGAAGGCCCUGCACGAGAUGCAACUGAGCAAUACGCUGUGCGAUGCCACCAUCAUCCAGGAUGAGUUCACCUUCCGGGUUCAUCGGGCAAUACUGAGCUCGUGUAGCGACUACUUCCGGACGCUGUUCACCACUUCAGUGCCCAGCGAAAAGGAUCACAUAUCGGUGAAGGGGAUUCGGGGGGCCAUUAUGGAACGGAUCAUACGUUACGCCUAUCUGAGGGAGUGUGAGAUCUCCGAAGCGGAUAUGUUUGAGAUAUACGCCGCAGCGGACUAUCUCGGCAUGGCCAGCCUACAGGAACGAUGUGUUCAGUACAUUAAAAGUGUUCUAAGGACGGAAAAUUGUGUGGUGAUCAUGCUGUACGGCAGACAACGGGGGUGUCCUUCGCUGUAUCAGUUUGCUCGGGCGUAUGUGAUGAAGAAUUUCGUGGAAGUAUCGAUGCGGUGUGACGAAUUGAUGAAACUGACCGUGGAUGAUAUGUUCAGCAUACUGAGCGAUGAGCUACUGAACGUGAAAGAUGAGGAACCAGUUUGGGAAUGCUGCGUACGAUGGAUUGAGUUUGACCCACCGGGCAGAGCUCAAUUCGUUACCCGAUUGAUGCGCGCCGUCCGGUUGGGUUUACUGCGAACGCAAUAUUUUCUGGAAAAGGUCAAGGAGAAUCGAUUCGUGACUGCUUGCGAGGAAACGAAACCCAUCAUCAUCGAAACACUGACGUUUCUGUACGACCUGGACAUAGUAAAUACCAAACGGAGUCAUAUCAAAACACCCUCGCUGGCACUACCUCGAUUGCCGUAUGACGUUAUUUUCACUUUCGGUGGUUGGAGUGAGGGUUUGCCACAGUCAAUCAUCGAAACCUACGAUACUCGAGCGGAUCGGUGGGUCAAAAUUGAUGCCGAUAAUCGAACGGAAGCUCGAGCAUAUUACGGUGCCGCCGUUAUCGGACACAUGGUUUACUGUAUCGGAGGUUAUGACGGGGUCGAACACUUCAACACGUGUCGACGGUUCGAUACGGUUGAGAAAGUUUGGACUGAGAUUGCACCGAUGCACUGUCGACGAUGCUACGUAAGUGUGGUUGAACUAGACGGACAGAUCUACGCCAUGGGAGGAUACGAUGGCCACAACCGGCAAAAUACGGCUGAAGUAUACAAUCCACGAACGAACCAAUGGACUAUGAUAGCUCCGAUGCAUCAUCUGCGUUCGGAUGCCGAUGCUUGCGUCAUGGAGGGGAAAAUCUACAUCACAGGAGGAUUCAACGGGCAGGAAUGUAUGAACUCUGCGGAAGAGUACGAUCCCGGGGAAAACGUGUGGACUCUACUGCCGAACAUGCUGUGUCGACGAUCGGGAGUUUCGUGCAUCGGUCACAAGGGAACGGUUAACGCGAUCGGAGGUUUUAACGGGUUGAUCCGAUUGAACAGCUGUGAACGGUACGACCCAAUCACGCAUCGAUGGCAAGCUUUCAAGGAAAUGUAUCAUCAGCGCAGUAACUUUGGAGUGGAAGUUAUUGACGAUAUGAUUUUCGCCAUUGGAGGCUAUGAUGGAGUUAGUGCAAUUUCCCACACAGAAUGCUACGUUUCGGAAACUAACGAAUGGCUGGAAGCUACUGAUCUAAAUCUGACGCGUUCGGCAUUCAAAGCGGUCAUCCUGUCGGGGCUGCCGAACGUUCGCGACUACAUUCACAAAGAUCGGGAGAACCUGAUGGCCGAAAGAAGACAGAAACUGCUCACUGCCGAGCAGGAAGGGGACUACAUCCUGUCGGAAUCGACCAGCACCAUCAACGAGGUCGACUAGUGCAUCAUUUGGUUCAGCUCAAUCGCAAAAUCUGUACUCCAAAUUAGCUCUGUGAAUAUUCAAAUUAAAAUCGUGUAAAGCUA